AGCAGCUACGCCCUGCCAACAUCACAUGGCUCUUGUCACGUGACCACCCUCCCUCCUUCCCUCCCUCCUUGAUACCGCGUCCUGGUUCACGCGCACGAGCUUCAUCGGAGAGAGGCUAGCUGUUAGCUUCCAGUGUCUAGACAGCCAACAUGAGUUUCCUGGGAGGUUUGUUCGGGCCUGUGUGUGAAAUAGAUGUCCUGCUCAACGAUGCCGAAAGCCGUAAGACGGCUGAAGUGAAGACAGAAGAUGGCAAAUUGGAGAAACAUUAUCUGUUUUACGAUGGAGAAUCUGUGUCCGGAAAGGUGAAUCUAAAUGUGAAGCAGGGAGGAAAACGACUAGAGCACCAGGGCAUCCGCAUAGAGUUUGUUGGACAGAUUGAGCUCUUCUCCGACAAAAGCAACACCCACGAGUUUGUGGAUUUGGUGAAAGAGUUGGCGCUGCCUGGAGAGCUCACCCAGAACAGGAGCUACGACUUUGAGUUCAUGCAGGUGGAGAAGCCCUAUGAGUCCUAUACUGGAGCUAACGUCAGGCUAAGAUAUUUUCUCAGGGUGACAAUAGUGCGUCGACUGUCAGACCUGGUGAAGGAGUACGAGCUGAUUGUCCACCAGUUAGCCACCUACCCAGACAUCAACAACUCCAUCAAGAUGGAAGUUGGCAUAGAAGAUUGUCUUCACAUCGAGUUUGAAUACAAUAAAUCCAAGUACCACCUGAAGGAUGUCAUUGUUGGAAAGAUUUACUUCCUGCUGGUCAGGAUUAAGAUCCAACACAUGGAGCUGCAGCUCAUUAAGAAGGAGAUAACAGGCAUAGGUCCCAGUACAACCACCGAGACAGAAACUGUUGCUAAGUACGAGAUCAUGGAUGGAGCCCCGGUUAAAGGGGAAUCAAUUCCCAUCAGACUGUUUCUGGCAGGGUACGACUUGACACCCACCAUGAGAGAUGUCAACAAGAAAUUCUCUGUACGCUACUUCUUGAAUCUGGUGCUUGUGGAUGAAGAAGACAGGCGAUACUUUAAACAGCAGGAGGUCGUUUUGUGGAGGAAAGCCCCAGAGAAGUUGAGAAAACGAAACUUCCACCAGCGUUAUGAGUCUCCUGAUCCCCGAACUCAGCCUAGUGCGGAGCAGCCAGAGAUGUGAGGGCGAGUGAGGCCAUGAACUGAAAAACAAACACCACAUACCAACUCUUCACUGCUGAGCAGCCAGAGGUGUGAGGGCUAACCCACUCUCUUCGUGGACUACACACACACACACACACACACACACACACACACACACACACACACACACAUAUAUGUGACAUCUUCCUUAGCCCAUCACAAAUGUGAGCUGUGCUUCCACCGUCACAGCACUGAAACGUUUGGACGCAUGAGCACACUUAAUCUGCUGAGUGCCUGAUGUCAAGCAGUGAGACAGCGUUUGAUCUUGAAGGCACAAAACCACACACAAUAUAAAGCUGAACUGUGUUUGUAGGAGCAAAGAAGAAAAACAAGACAGGGUUAUUGGCAACUGCUUACACCUUUUUGGAAGAGGAGGUUUUUGUUUUAGUAACACUCCUACAUAAUUAUGUUGUUUUUUGCAAUUUGGCUGGACACACAGACAUAUAAGUCAUUCUUUCCUCAGAUGUUGGCUAAAUUUGGACUUGAGAAACAAACGCAUCUGAUCAUUUGUUUUUAAACCUGUAUUUUGUUUCCUGUUUUGGGACAAGAAAAACGCCAACCUCCUUUUCAAAUGAAUGUUCUGUAAGUUAGCGAUUCUUUCCAGAUUGAUACAUUUCUGGUUUUCAAUUGUUUUUUUUAUGCAGUUUCCACAGUUUAGGUGUCUGUGAGGUUAAUUUUCUGGAGUUUGUCUCUUGUCUUAUUGUGUUAUACCACGAUAUCUGUUGGUGAUGGAAGUCCAUGGAUUACUUGUCAUCAAUCGUAUUUCAGGAACAUGUGUCAAGAUUGUACAACUUGCACUCCAUCUGUUGUCACCGUAGGCAUGGUUCUAUCAGGUUUACUUUCCAACAAUGUGUGUCUGUCUAUUCAUGUAAUAAUUCUAACCAAUCUUCUGUUGCAAGCACUGGAAGCAAUGCAGUUCCUCACAAUGUCACUGUGAUGCUUUAAGACAUUUGAACGGUUAUGCGAUGUCACCAAACGUAUGUGUUGGUAAAUGAGCCCAUGAGCUUCGACCUGCAGCCUGUGUUGCACUUUUAUGCCUUAAAAGCUGCACAUAAACUAAAAGGAAAUACUGUAUGCUACAAGCAUGAAUCCUCAGAGGUCCACUUUAUCCACAGUUGGGAACUAAAUUAAAUGAAAAAUGUUUUCAUUUAAAACACUAAUAAUAUAUGAUGUGUUUUUGUCCCAUUUUCAUGUGCAAAUUGUGACUCGACGUUCAUUUCAUAAAAGCACCUGGAUCCACCACUGAACAUCCGUCUUCUCAGCUCAAUGAAUGUUACUUCUAUUGUAUCUUAAUUUGGGCACCAUUUAUGUACAAGAAAUAUUUAAUUUUUUCCUUCCUGCCAUACACAAUGUCUUUCUAAUCAUGUUGGAUUUGUUCUUUCAAGUACUGUAACUGCAAAGGUGAUGAAACAGAUGUUUUGCAUGUUUAUCUUUUUACAAUGACACACCGUAUCAAAAAUAUUUUGUGUGUAUGUAUAUACAAGGAACCCUUAAAUAGAGCAAGAAAAUUGAUCAUGAAUAAAGGAAAUUUAUAUUGACAAAUAA